UGAAUUAAAAACGUAUGCGUGGGAUCCGUUUGUCACUCACACACAUGAAAAAUUGUGGGGCCCACUGACAUGUGGGCCCCACAUGUCAUUCCCCUCUCUCUUUCUUCUUCCUCAGUUCCUCCCUCUUCCUCCCUUCUCUCUUUUUCUCUCUCUUCUCUCCGGAGCAAGUGCAUCGCGCCGUGUGCCCUCACCGCCGGGGCAAUCUCCACAAGCGACUCCGGCCACACCGCAACGUCCGCCGACCGCCGCCACGCCAUCCUCCGCGAGUCAAACACCAUCCUCUUGCGCGGUGUGGUUGCGUCGACACAGCAGACGAGCCCCCGGAUGCCUCCUCCGCAGCAUCCUCGUCACCAACCCGCAGCGCCGCGCGAGGGGAUCUUGUGGCGUCCUCGUCACCAACGAUUGCUUCCGGCGAGGGGAAUGGCGGCUGCUCUGCGAGAUACACCGACAGAAGGUGACGCCGCCGGCGCCAGCGACGACGACAACGACGACGAUGGGGGAGGUCACGGUCGCGGCCGCGAUCCCGAUGGCGCUGCCGGUGACGACACGGGAUUACUCCCCGGUGCUAUCCGGCGAGGAGCAGGUCAUAUCCUCCAGCUCAUCCCCCAAGCCCCCGCUCAUGCUGCCGCAGGCGCCGUCCGGCUCCGGCUCCGGCGGUGUCGAGUCCAGUGACAUGGGGGAUGAGAACGAGCAGCUGCGGUGGGAGGACGUACAGCUCGCGCGGGAGCUCAGCCAGACGAGGAAGCUCUACAACAACAUCCUCCCCCUCAUGUCCAAGUACUUCGACAUCGAGCUACUGCGUGGAGCACCAUCCUCAAGGCGGUGAGGGCGCACGGCGCGAUGCACUUGCUCUGGAGAGAACUAGAGAAGGGAGGAACCGAGGAAGAAGAAAGAGAGAGGGGGAUGACAUGUGGGGCCCACAUGUCAGUGGGCCCCACAAUUUUUUAUGUGUGUGAAUGACAAACGGGUCCCACGCAUACGUUUUUAAUUCAAAUGCCACCUAAGUGCCACGUCAACCUCACAGAUCCGCCACAUCAGCGCUAUGCCAGCAAAACCGCUCUCCAAAACCACCAAGGGAGUCAAAUUGCACCGGUUUCAAUAGUUCGGGGGUCGAUAUAUCCGGUUUUGCGGUUUAGGGAACCGUUAAUGGUAAGUUUGUCUCACAACCACCAUCCACUUAUAUUUGGGCAUCGCAAAAUAGCCCCCACAUAGCUAGUUUUAAUAAAAACGAAUAGGGCCAUUUGUAUAAUUACUUGGGCUUGUUCAUCCAAACGAAACCCAAGUAUUAUUUCUCCGUUAUUUAAUUAAUUCUCAUGGUAAUUGAAAUAGUUUUUUUUUCAAAUAAAUUACAUCACAUAUAUGUAUAUACACAUAUCACUACACACGCUACACCACACUCACAUUCCUGCAAAAUGUUACUUGUGAUAUUUUUCUUUUCAAGACCUGUCCUCGGCUCCUUGGCACAUGAUGGCCGGCAUGCACGUCCAUGAGAAG